GUUUUCAACCUGUAAGUUAAUCAAAGGCUGAAAGGAAAUUUCUCAAGAUGUACUAGUUCUAUGGCAAGUCACCUUAAUACCAAAUGUACACAGUGCCCAGAAACUGGUGGACUCCUCUCAGAAAACCUCCUGUAAACUCUGUACAAGUUACACCUGACUUCCCCAGACUCUAUUUCUCAGUCUUUGAAUUUGUAAUCCCUUGAGGUUUUGUAGCGAAAGACUUUUCCUUUUUCAGAGAUUCUAUCAUCUCUUCUGUGUCACAACAUUCUGGUUUCUGUGACUGAAGGACAGGGAACAUAAAAUAUCUCUCCUCACUAACUGUAUGGCUCAUGAUCAAUUCAAAGGCUCCAUAUCCACAAAACUUGCACUUUUGUGAAAGAAAAUGGUGUCAAAGAACUGGACAAUAGCAAAUGAGAGACCAAUGAUACCAUAAACAGGAGAAAAUCAGGAUCAGAGAUGAUGGAGUUCGAUUUGAUCAAUUUAAGGUCAGAAAAAUAGAAUAAUUGAAAUAUUGAAAAAAGUCACAUGCAUCCCAAGGAGGAGAGUGUCUCGGGCACAGCAAAUCACAAAUGCAAAACCUCAAAGACAAUAGUGGUCUCAAUGCAUGACUAGACGAGUCCAAAAGGCAGCAUAACUUCAUGCAAUGAGCAAAGUACAUUCCCUAGAAGCAGCCUGAGAACAGGUUACAUAAAGCUUCAUAGGUCACAUAAAAACACUGGACUCUAUUUCCUGCAAGGUGUUCUGGGAGAGCUUUGACCUGAUUUGACUUGUUCUGGGAAAGUCAAUGAACGUUAAUGAAAAAACACAAAUACUGCUACAAAAGUAAAAACAAGAGACCAGAAACAAAGGACUAAGGACAUCAAGUGUAUCAAUACAUGCAUGAAACGAUUACUGUUAAUGGCUGCCCUGAAUUCCGUGCGAGGGCCACAGCAAAGGCAACAGUUGCAGCUUUUGCAGCCAGUGAAGGCCACUCCCACCCUCGGGUAGUUGAACUGCCAAAGACUGAUGAAGGCCUGGGUUUUAACGUGAUGGGAGGGAAGGAACAGAAUUCCCCAAUUUACAUCUCCCGCAUCAUCCCUGGAGGGGUGGCUGAAAGACAUGGAGGCCUCAAAAGAGGAGACCAGCUGCUAUCAGUGAACGGAGUGAGUGUGGAAGGGGAGCACCAUGAGAAAGCCGUGGAACUUCUCAAGGCUGCUAAGGACAGUGUGAAGCUGGUGGUCAGAUACACCCCAAAAGUCCUGGAAGAGAUGGAGGCUCGUUUCGAGAAGCUGCGGACAGCUCGGCGUCGACAGCAGCAGCAGUUGCUCAUUCAGCAGCAGCAACAGCAGCAGCAACAACAACCACAACAAAACCACAUGUCAUAGGUGAGACUCACCCUCCUCC